AUGCUAGUUUUGUGGCUUGCUUUUGUAUUUUGCGCGCUGCUGUGGCGAUGGUGUCAACCUUCCCGUUCUAAACUGGAGCCCCCUAAAUCCCCUGGGGCGCUGCCGCUACUUGGACAUUUAAACCUCAUCAUCGGCGACAGUGCUAUUAUAGCAGAGCCAGACGAUGCUUUGACUGUAGCGAACGCUUGCUUAGGAAAGCACUCCAUGUACGAUUUCGCAAAACCUUGGCUUGGCAAUGGAUUGAUUACUGCGCCAGUGUCAGUCUGGCAACAGCACCGCAAGUUACUGAACCCUACGUUCAAGCAGCUAAUGCUAUACGGGUACAUGGACGUCUUCAACAGACAAGCGCGUCGUCUUGUAGGGAAGGUUUCGGAUCAAGCAGGUCGAGGGCCCUUUGACUACAUCCCCUUUGUUCACCAGAACGCUUUAGAAACUAUAUGUAAGACUACAAUGAAUUUUGACUUCGCCGAUAAUACAGUUAUCAACAGCGAAUACAUGGAAGCGGUAGAUAAAAUUGCAGUUUUAAUGUUUAGGCGUGUGCAAGAGCCUUGGCUUUAUUUCGACAUAACCUUCAAGUGGAGUGGUCUGAAGAAGGUACUUCAGAAGAAAAGAUUGGAGCUCAAACAAAAGUCGCUCGACCGAAUGUCCGAAGAAAACGAAGACGAACACUUAUCGGAAAAAGCAAAGACGUUUUUAGAAUUGCUCAUGGCAAUGUCCGAGAAGCACGGCCACUUCACUGAUGAGGAAGUGAGGAAGCACGUCGAUACGAUCAUCGUGAGUGGUUACGACACCGUCGCCACGGCGUUGUUCUUCACCACCAUUCUCAUCGGUUCAUACCCACGUGUACAGCAACGUCUUCUAGAGGAAUUACAAAACGUUUUCGGCGAGUCCGAUAGAGACGUAACAAAGGAUGAUCUAUCGCGGCUGGUAUACUUGGAGGCCAUCAUAAAAGAGUCUUUGAGAAUAUACACAGUAGCGCCGGCCUUCGCGAGGAAUAUCGACAAGGACAUAAAGAUAAAAAACUUCACGCUGCGCGCUGGCAAGAGUUGUAUCGUUUCGCUGUACGGCAUUCACCGUCACCGCAUGUGGGGCGAGGAUGCUGACGAGUUCAGACCGGAGAGAUGGCUCGACCCCUCUACGUUGCCGGCCAAUGCUAACGCCUUUGUCGCUUUCAGCUUGGGAAGACGUCAAUGUAUAGGUAAAACAUACGCGAUGAUGUCAUUAAAGACAUCGCUUGCUCAUUUCCUUCGGCGCUACAAAGUGACGGCUGAUCACAGCAAAAUGGUGUUGAAGAUGGACAUCUUGUUAAAACCGUUAUCAGGGCAUCAGAUCUGCGUAGAUCAAAGAACACUC